ACACAAGACUCAACAUAUGCCCAACCACCUAACCUACUUAGUAGCACGGAUCACAUCAAUCUUAUCGAUACAGCUUGUCUUAAAACCCAAGUGUGUCUAGGGUCUGAAUACGGAGGUAGGUCACCUAGCUACCUGACUAAAAAAAGAAAAAGAGAAAAAGAGAAAAAGAGAUAAUACAAUCCGCAUCUACGAGCCACAAUGCCGGGGAAGCAGCCAAAUUUAUACGCUUUUAGCGACCUUGAAGCCCUCGCGCCAGCGUUGCGAUCAUACAUAAUCACAUGCCAAAAUGCCGGUAUUACACGCCAUGAUGUUUUCAAGGUCGCAAUUUCAGGCGGCUCAUUACCAGAGAUACUUGUGAAAGCUCUCCUUCCAGCCCCAAAGUCCGACGAGGAUACGAUCAAGCUCGAUAAGUGGGAAAUAUUCCUCGCAGAUGAAAGGGCCGUACCUCUAGACCACGAAGACAGCAACUAUGGCUUACUGAAGAAGGAGCUAUUGGACAAAAUCCCUCCUGGACAAGGUCAACCCACCAUACAUCCUAUCGACGUGGAGUUUUUAGAGGACACGCAGGAGUUGGCGGAUCAGUAUGAGAAGAAGUUGGUCAACUCGUUUGCAAAAGGCGACUCGGUCAAGCUCCCUAUAUUCGACCUACUUCUACUUGGCACCGGACCGGAUGGCCAUACUUGUAGUCUUUUCCCAGGCCACCCACUGCUCAGGGAGACCGAUGCAUGGGUCGCGCCAAUUGAUGACUCGCCUAAGCCACCGCCUCGACGAAUUACACUCACUCUCCCCGUUGUUACGCAUGCCGUCAAGAUCGCAUUUAUUGCUACGGGCGAUGCCAAAAGAGACAUCAUGAAGGAGAUAUUUGAGCAAGGAAAUGGACUCCCCUGCGCCCUGGUCAACGAAGCAACCGGCGAACGCUGCAGCUGGUUCACUGACGCCGCCGCUGUAGCAGGCGUCAGCUUUCCCCGUCGAAGUUUUCUAUAAUCUCAUAUCAUACGCAAAAUGAGUCAGUAUGCAAGCAUACCUACACACGCAGUAUGCGACCAAGCAUUUUAUGGGCGAGGGGGGUUUAGGGGGCAAAGAUAAGAGAGCAAUCUACAAGUCCCUAAAGGGCUGGGGAACAUUGCAUGGUUCGGUUUAUGGCUUUGAUUGCCGAAGCAA